GGGUUUUCCAUGUAAAGUAGAAGGCUGCUUUCUGAAUGAUCUUUCUCAUCCAACAUCCCAAUAUGUGAAGGAUUUCAAACAGAAAAAAUAUGAACUUGUUACCAGACUGUACAGUCUCUACAAUCGCACCAUCUUCGAAGAUAAGCUCCCCGACAACCUGGAGAUACUGUGGAAUAAAAAGAUGAGGAAGACGGCGGGGUACUGUGUGACGGGACAGAAGAAAAUCCCGGUUCUGCAGCGAUAUGCCAGAAUAGAACUGUCCGAGAAAGUCUGCGAUUCUGCAGAUCGCCUCCGAGACACGCUGAUUCAUGAGAUCUGUCAUGCCGCCACCUGGCUCAUCAAUGGGGUAAGAGACGGGCAUGGUCAGUACUGGAGGCUAUAUGCCCGGAAAGCCACGCUGGUUCACCCCGAAUUACCGAUGGUCACCCGAUGUCACACCUAUGAGAUCAAUUACAAGUUCACCUACGAGUGUUCCCGCUGCAAAAACACGAUCGGACGUCACUCCAAGUCUCUGGACACCGAGCGAUUCGUCUGCGCGCUGUGUAAAGGAAAGCUGGUGCUGCAGGCGGCGACACGGAAGGACGGCUCCCCCGCCAACACCCAGCUCAAUCCGUUUGCCAAGUUUGUGAAGGAGAAUUACGGAUCUACGAAGAAAGAGAUGACGGGGCUGAGUCACGCCGAAGUCAUGAGGAAACUUAGUGCCAACUUCUCUUCCAAGGCCAAAAUUUCUGCUUAAGUCGGUCCGGGAAAUAAUAUGCGAGAUGUAGCCGUGCAGAAUCUCAGGGAAUCGUAUGAAAUCCUUUUUAUCCAGAUAUUUAUCAAAAGGACAGCGGGACUAAACUGCUCCAAUCCACCCCCUCCCCCCAAUCCUUCCACCGUUACCUGGCAGUAACCUCUCUGUCCCCAGCUACUUCCACACCGCUGUCCCAGAGCAAGAUCCUUCUCAUCUCAGGUCCAAAACCUCUUAACACUGGCUGAGCUGAGACCUCCUGCUCUUCUCUGGCCCUGCCCCUGCUGAGACCUCCUGCUCUUCUCUGGCCCUGCCCCUGCUGAGACCUCCUGCUCUUCUCUGGCCCUGCCCCUGCUGAGACCUCCUGCUCUUCUCUGGCCCUGCCCCUGCUGAGACCUCCUGCUCUUCUCUGGCCCUGCCCCUGCUGAGACCUCCUGCUCUUCUCUGGCCCUGCCCCUGCUGAGACCUCCUGCUCUUCUCUGGCCCUGCCCCUGCUGAGACCUCCUGCUCUUCUCUGGCCCUGCCCCUGCUGAGACCUCCUGCUCUUCUCUGGCCCUGCCCCUGCUGAGACCUCCUGCUCUUCUCUGGCCCUGCUGAGACCUCCUACUCCUCUCUGGCCCCACCCAUGCUGAGACCUCCUACUUGUUUGGCACCGUCCACUCACUGCCUGCUCUGGCCCCGCCCAUGCUGAGACCUCCUGCUCUUCUCUGGGCCCGCCCAUGCUGAGACCUCCUGCUCUUCUCUGGGCCCCGCCCCUGCUGAGACCUCCUGCUCUUCUCUGGGCCCCGCCCCUGCUGAGACCUCCUGCUCUUCUCUGGGCCCUGCCGAGACCUCCUGCUCUUCUCUGGCUCCGCCCAUGCUGAGACCGCCCAUCCUUGUACGGGGUUGUCUGGGGAAUCCGUUUAUGCAUUUGGAUGGCUCCAUGCAAGUCUGAGGGGUGGGUGUGUAGGUAAGGUGGGGGAGGGGAAUGGAUUUAAAGCAGUUUAUUACACUUGUCCUUUUUUAAUGUACUUUUAAAUGAAACCUGUCACUACAAGGGAAAGGAAUAUGGUUUAGUAAUGUGCUCAGUGGUAUAUACCGUAUACUCUUUUCCUUCACUCUCCCUCCACUCCAUUCAGCCACCAAGUGCUGGGAAAACAUCCAGAACUUCCUGGUAUGGAGGAGCAUGUGACGGUGCUGGUACGUGGCCCGGCCCUGUGUAAGCUCCAGCUGGAGAUUCAAUUAGAGCUUACACAUGGCUGGCUUUCCUCACUCCUCCAACAGGCUGAAUGGAGCAGCGGGGUAACCAUAGGGGGAGGGUAAGUAUAUGCUGCUGGGGAAAUUACAAUGAGUGUGUUUCUUUGCUCUGCAUGGACAAAGGACGGGUUCACUUUAAAAUACCGCCUGCCCAACUGUGAAAUCUGGAUAUUGAUCUCCAGAAAUCCCUGCACAGCAGAAACCAGACUGUGAGGGGGAUAAUGCAGCCAGUAAGAUGGCAUUGUACAAUGGGCUGUGAGCCAAUAGGAGGGCAUUGUACAGUGUGCUCUGAGCCAAUAGGAGGGCAUUGUACAAUGGGCUGUGAGCCAAUAGGAGGUCAUUGUACAAUGGGCUGUGAGCCAAUAGGAGGUCAUUGUACAAUGGGCUGUGAGCCAAUAGGAGGUCAUUGUACAAUGUUCUGUGAGCCAAUAGGAGGUCAUUGUACAAUGGGCUGUGAGCCAAUAGGAGGGCAUUGUCCAAUGGGCUCUGAGCCAAUAGGAGGUCAUUGUACAAUGUUCUGUGAGCCAAUAGGAGGUCAUUGUACAAUGGGCUGUGAGCCAAUAGGAGGUCAUUGUACAAUGGGCUGUGAGCC